AUGAGGCGACGACAACCUGCUGACCCGACUACAGCUGCCGAUUCCUGCUCCAAGGAGAUCAAGGUCACCACUCCUAACCCCGUCAUCUCUUGCGAGGUCGUCAAUGCCGACAUUAUCGUCGACGAGUCGGUUGCCGGUGACCUGAUCCUCAACGGACCCAAGCAGAUCAAGGGUGACUUGAUCGUCAACAACGCCACCCAGCUCAUCUCCAUCCAGAGCAAUACCAUCAACGCCAUCACCGGCAAGUUCCAGCUUGACAGCCUGGAGCUCCUGAGCUCCGUUAACAUGCAGGCGCUCAAGACCCUGAACGAGCUCAACAUGGUCAAGCUGCCUCAGCUCAACUCCCUGAUUUUUGGCACCACCGGUGUGACCAAGGCCUCCUCCAUCCAGAUCACCGACACAUUCCUCAGUGAUCUGAGCGGUCUCAACAUUAACAGUGUCGACACCCUGACCAUUACCAACAACAACAAGCUGACGGCCUUCAACUCUGACCUGGUCAACAUCACCAAGCUUCUGAGUGUUUCCAGCAACGGAAACAACAUGGAGAUCAACAUGACCAAGCUUCAGUCUGCUGCCGAGAUCCAGCUCUCUAACGUCAAGAGCUUCCUCGUGCCCAGCCUCAAGACCAUCAGCCAGUCCCUCAAGUUUGAUACCAACCCUUCGCUCAAGACCUUCAGCGCCAAGAACGUCACCAAAAUCGGCGACAGUGUCACCUUCAUCAACAACAACAAGCUCACCAACGUCUCUUUCCCUCUCCUGACGUCUGUUGGUGACCUGACCAUCCAGAACAACACUGCUAUGGAUGCCAUCGAGGGUUUCCCCAAGCUGGAGACUGUUGCCGGUGGUGUUAUCCUCCGCGGCAACUUUGACACUGUCGAGCUUCCCAGCCUCAAGGACGUCAAGGGUGGUGUUACCGUCUACUCUACCACCGACAUUUCUGCUUUCUGCGGCUUCUUCAACAAUGCUAAGUCUAAGAAGAUUAUCCAGGGUCAGGAGUCCUGCAAGAGCAACGUUAAGGCCGCCAAUGAGGGAGGUAGCGACGGUGACUCCAGCACUUCUAGCGGAAAGAACGGCAGCAGCGGUAACGACACUGACAACGCCGUCGCCGCCCUCAGCGUCAACAACAUGCUCCUCGGCGCGUCCGUUCUCGCUGGCAUGGCCCAGCUGUGGUAA